GAGGUCGACUCCCUCAUUUGAUUUUCCAUUUCUCAAUAAUAAUAAUUCCAACAUCCACACUUUGUCAAAUACUAGUAGAACUUUUUUUUCGUAUUAUUAUUAUUAGUAUUAUUUUGUUUGUCUGCGCUUUUCUUGCUUAUCUGCAAAGCUAGAUAGUGGUGCUUCUAUUACCCCGAGAGAGGUGGAUAGUGAGCUCAACACAGCAAACCGAGAUAGUUUAGAGAGAGAGAGAGAGUUGGGGAGAGACCCAAUGGAAGAGUGGUGAUCUAGGGUUUGAGGCCAAGAAGUUUGCAAAUGCCGAUGCCGAGGCAAUUCUUGAACGCCACCCCAAAUCACCUCCACCGUUGCUAUUUCUUCCUCUUCUUACUCAAGAUUCUCGCACAACCUCAACAUUCCGUCGCCGCCAACGCCGAAGUUUCUGUAUUAUUUUCUUGGAUUAAUUCUUCUUCUUCUUCACCACCACCUUUUGCAUUCUCCAACUGGAACCCCUCACACCCUACUCCUUGUAAAUGGUCCUACAUUACGUGCUCCUCUCAAAAUUUCGUCACUGAAAUAAACAUACAAUCGAUUCAGCUCGCUCUUCCGUUCCCCUCCAAACUCUCAUCGCUCUUGUUCCUCCAAACCCUAACAAUCUCCGCCGCCAACCUCACCGGAACCAUCCCCUCCGACGUCGGGGACUGCGCCUCGCUCAGGAAAAUCGAUGUCAGCUCCAACGCCCUCGUCGGGAACAUCCCGUCGACCAUCGGUAAGCUCACGCUCCUCGAGGAGCUGACCCUCAACUCCAACCAGCUCACCGGAGCAAUCCCGCCUGAAAUCGGCGGCUGCAUGAAGCUCAAGAACCUAACGUUGUUCGACAACAGGUUGAGCGGGAGCAUCCCCGCCGAGAUCGGAAUGCUGUCGGAGCUGGAAGCCCUCCGCGCCGGCGGCAACCAAGACAUCGACGGAGAGAUUCCCGCCGAAAUCGGAAACUGCCAGAAUCUGCAGGUUCUCGGGCUGGCCGACACCAAGAUCUCCGGCGGGCUUCCCCGCACCAUCGGGAGGCUCCAGAAGCUCCAAGUACUGUCGCUCUACACCACGAUGCUGUCAGGCGAGAUUCCCGCGGACAUAGGCAACUGCUCGGAGCUCGUGGACGUGUACUUGUACGAGAACAGUCUGUCGGGGUCGCUGCCGCCGGAGAUAGGAAAGCUGCAGAAGCUCCAGAAUCUGCUGGUGUGGCAGAAUAAUUUGGCGGGCUCCAUUCCGGAACAGAUUGGGAGCUGCAAGAGUUUGACAGUCCUUGAUCUCUCCUUGAACUUCUUCUCCGGCACCAUUCCCCAAUCAAUCGGGAAUCUAACCAAUCUCGAAGAAGUGAUGCUCAGCAGCAACAACAUCUCCGGCUCCAUUCCUGCGGUUCUCUCCAGUGCUACUAGGCUGAUCCAGUUCCAAAUCGACAGCAAUCAGAUCUUCGGUUCCAUUCCGCCUGAGCUCGGGCUGUUGCAGCACCUGCAGAUCUUCUUCGCCUGGGAUAACAAGCUGGCGGGCAGCAUCCCGGCGGCACUCUCCGGCUGCCAGAGCCUCCAGGCGCUCGAUUUGUCGCGCAAUUCGCUCACGGGCAGCCUGCCCCCAGACAUCUUCCGCCUCACCAAUCUAACGAAGCUUCUACUCAUCUACAACGACAUCUCCGGCGCUAUUCCGCCGGAGAUCGGCGGUUGCACUUCUCUGGUGCGGCUGAGGUUGGUCGGGAAUAAGAUUAGCGGAGAAAUCCCUAAAGAGAUUGGUUACCUCACUAACCUCAGCUUUCUUGAUCUCUCCGAUUGCCGUUUGAGCGGUUCGGUUCCUCAGGAAAUCGGAAACUGCAAGGAGAUGCAGAUGCUGAAUUUGGCGGGAAAUUCAAUAACGGGAAACCUGCCGACUUCUCUAUCUUCUCUGACCAAGCUUGAGGUGCUGGACAUGUCGGGGAACAAGCUUGACGGCGCCAUUCCUGAGAUUUUGGGCCAACUGUCAUCUCUCAACAGGCUUUCCUUAGGAAGCAACGGUUUCUCAGGGAAUAUCCCGUCAAGCCUUGGCCGUUGCUCGCGGCUUCAGCUGCUCGAUUUGAGCAGAAAUUCGCUGACAGGGAGCAUGCCGGUGGAGAUAUUUAUGAUCGAGGCGCUUGCAAUCGAGUUGAACUUGAGCUGGAAUUUGCUAACAGGGGAAAUUCCAACUCAGAUUGCUGUAUUGAACAAGCUCUCCGUCUUGGAUCUUUCUCACAACAAGCUUCAGGGAGAGUUGAUGUCUCUUUCAGGAUUGGUGAACCUCGUCUCCUUGAACAUCUCCUUCAACAACUUCUCUGGCUACCUGCCUGACAACAAGGUUUUCAGGCAGUUAUCCUUAGCAGAGGUGGGCGGGAACCCGGGGUUGUGUGCACGUGGCCACGACUCUUGUUUCUUGAGCUCCGGGCAGGGAAUGGGGAUCCCUGGGCAGAGGCGCUCGUGGAGGCUGAGAAUGGCUAUCGCGUUGCUCAUAAUCGUGACCCUAGCGCUGGCAGUGGUGGGCGUGCUAGCCGUUGUGAAGGUGCGGAGAAUGAGCAAAGGGGAAACGGAUUCGGAGUUGGGAGAGGGAGAGUCGUGGUCAUGGAAAUUCACUCCCUUUCAGAAGGUGAAUUUCUCAGUCGAUCAGAUCCUCAGGUGCCUCGUCGAGGCCAACGCGAUAGGGAAAGGUUGCUCGGGGAUCGUGUACAGGGCAGAGCUCGAUAACGGGCAAGUGGUGGCGGUGAAGAAGCUGUGGCCCAUGAUGUUGCAAGCCGGUUUCAACAGCGGGGUUCGUGACUCCUUCUCGACUGAAGUGAGGACGCUGGGAUCGAUCCGGCACAAGAACAUAGUGAAGUUCUUGGGGUGCUGUUGGAAUCAGAAGACGAGGCUGCUCAUGUAUGAGUACAUGCCUAAUGGAAGCCUCGGAAGCCUCGUGCACGAGAACAAUGGAGGGUUCUUGGAGUGGGAGGUGAGGUACCGGAUUCUGCUAGGCGCGGCUCAAGGCGUCGCCUAUCUGCACCACGACUGCGCCCCGCCUAUCGUGCACCGGGACAUCAAGGCCAACAACAUCUUGAUCGGCCUAGAUUUCCAGCCUUACAUUGCCGAUUUCGGCCUCGCUAAGCUCGUUCAUGAUGGAGACUUCGCCCGCUCCUCCAACACUGUUGCUGGUUCCUACGGCUACAUUGCUCCUGAGUAUGGAUACAGUAUGAAGAUCACUGAGAAGAGCGACGUCUACAGCUUUGGAGUAGUUGUGCUGGAAGUCCUAACGGGCAAACAGCCCAUCGAUCCCACCAUACCCGAUGGGCUUCACAUUGUGGACUGGGUGAGGCAGAGGAGAGGCGCCGUGGAGGUUCUAGACCCCGGCCUGCGCCUGAGGCCGGAGCCGGAGAUUCAAGAAAUGAUGCAGAGCUUAGGAGUUGCAAUGCUGUGCGUGCAGGCGUCGCCCGAUGACAGGCCGACGAUGAAGGACGUGGCGGCGAUGCUCAAGGAGAUACGACAUGAGAGAGAGGAGAAUUUGAAAAAUGAGGCUGGGAAAGGAUCACAAGUUGGUGACGGAGAGGGAGAUAAGAGUGUGAAUGGUGGAGGCUCAUCAUCGGCAAUCCAGAGUUUGUAUUUGCAGAGCACUAAUUCAAGCUUCUCUGCUUCUUCAUUACUCAAUUCUGCUUCUUCUUCCAUUGCAAGAUUUGGUUUCAAUAGGCAAUAGAGAUUGCAUCUCUUCUCUUCUCUUUCUACUUACAUGUAAACUGUUUCUCUAAUAGCAUCAAGGUUCGUUAAUGUCAAUUAUAUUGAUUCUCUUU